AAAAUAUGAAUAUUCCUUUCAAAAUUGACUUCUCUACGUAGGGUUUAUAGGGAGCAAUUUGGUUCCAUUCGUUUUCUUUUGUGUUCUCGUUAAGUGUUAUAAACUUUCUCUUGAAUCCAAAUCGGAGCAGAAGCAAAACCUGAAGAUGAAAGCAGUACUUUUGCCUGAAGUUGACGCAUUGCUCAUUGCUCGCAAUGCACGCAAGUAUCGAAGUGCAUUGCCUGGUUUCGUGCCGAAAAUCGGACUCUCUAUUAUCGAUUAUAAUCGCAUUUCUGCUAUUGAUCUCUUCUACAGUCAGUCCCAGUGCCAUCGAGACUUUUACAAGGAUCCUACUGGAAAGGUGCUACCAGUCACUGGCUUUGAUAUGAAGAUGAAGAAAUUUGCAUCUGCACCAGAUCCAACUACAGUCUAUACCUCACAUCCGCUUCGUUAUGUCCGAGACAAGAGACCAGGUGAUAAAGAUAUCAACUAUGAACAAUUCUCAAUGUGUCUUGGACCGAAGAAUGGUAACAAGUAGGCUUAUUUUCAUUCAGAGAAAAUACAAACGAGAAAGUAUUAUUUCAACACACUUUGGCAUUAACUGCAAUACCUGAAAAUUUGAAAUAUAUUGGCUUUAAUGCUGUGUUCUUGUGA